AUGGCCGAGAAAGAAGCGACUAUUUUCGUGCUAGAUCUGGGCUCUACAAUGGCCCAGACGCACAGUGGAAGAUCAGAAUCCGACCUGGAAUGGAGCAUGCAAUACGUAUGGGACAAGAUCACAGACAUUGUCGCCGCGAACCGAAAAACACUAUGUGUUGGUGUGUUGGGCCUCAGAACAGAUGAGACUGACAACAAACUUCAAGACGAUGAUGGCUAUGAGAAUAUUGCAGUACUACAGGAGCUGGGGCCAAUGACUAUGGCGUCUUUGAGGAACCUGCAGUCCCUUGUGAAGCCGAGCAACACUUGGUCCGGAGAUGCUGUUUCGGCUAUUGUUCUUGCCAUUGACAUGAUCGACACGUUUACAAAGAAACUCAAAUGGAAUCGAAAGAUCUUCUUGGUCACGGACGGUCAAGGCCCGAUGGACGCGGAUGAUUUGAGCGACAUCUCGAAGAAAAUGAACGACUCCAACAUCCAACUCACUAUCCUAGGUGUGGAUUUUGAUGAUCCAGACUACGGCUUUAAGGAAGAGGACAAGCCAAGCACCAAGAGAGAGAACGAGAAAGCCCUCAGAUCACUUGCCAAUGAGUGCAAAGAUGGUGUUUUCGCGACCAUUGCCGAGGCCAUCGAUGAGCUCGACACCCCCCGAAUCAAAGGAGUGAAGCCUUACAAGACAUAUGACGGCACUCUUACUCUCGGUGAUCCCAAAACUUUCCCCGCGGCCAUGAGUAUCAACGUUGAGAGAUACUUCAAGACCCAUCUCGCACGACCUUUGACAGCAAGCACAGUGGUUGUCAAAUCUGACGGUGGACCAGAAUCUGAAGCUACGCAACCAGCUGAGGGCGAUGAGAUGGAGGGAAUCGAAUUUUCCGCAGUCAAGCAGGCUCGGUCGUACAAGGUCAAUGAUCCAGAUGCUCCAGGAGGAAAGCGAGACGUCGAGUUUGACGAUCUCGCCAAAGGCUACGAAUAUGGGCGAACCGCAGUCCAUAUCAGUGAGUCAGAGCAUAACAUCACCAAGAUUGACACACAGAAGAGCUUCUCGAUUGUUGGAUUCAUCCCAUGCUCAAAGUACGAACCAUUCCUUAACCUUGGCGAGACAUGCGUGACGGUAGCCCGCAAGUUUGAUGCCAAAUCCGCCCUUGCUCUUUCAUCUCUCGUUUGGGCUCUCUCUGAACUCGAGUCUUAUGCGAUUGCCCGAAUUGUAACUAAAGAUGGCAAAGACCCGCUGUUGGUGCUGCUAGCACCUGGCAUGGAACCAGACAUGGAGUGUCUGUACGAUAUCCCUCUGCCUUUUGCAGAAGACAUUCGGAGCUACCAGUUCCCACCCUUGGAUAGGGUCAUCACAGUUACCGGCCAGACUCUUACCAAGCACAGACUACUCCCUACAGAUGAGCUUAGCGAUUCCAUGAGUGACUAUGUCGACGCGAUGGACUUGUCAACAUACGGCAUAGACGACAAUGGUGACCCGGCUGAAUAUGUACCUAUUGAUGAAACGUUUAACCCUACCGUUCACCGUGUCAACCACGCCGUGAAAUCACGAGCAGUCUACCCUGAGAAAUCCGUUUCAGAGAUCCCUCCUACAUUGCUGCGGUUUGCUCAACCACCCCAAGACCUGGUGGAGAAAGUGCAAAGCAAGGCGGAUUCUCUUAUUGAAGCAGCUGAUGUCAAGAAAGUACCACCCAAGGUUAAGGGUAAACGCGGCAGAGAAACAGUCAAGCCUAUUUCAGGCCUUGAUGUAGAUGCUCUUCUGGGCGAAGAGGAGAAGGGCGAGAUCAGUCCUGACAAUGCAGUGCCCGAAUUCAAGCAGAUACUUGCUGCAACUGAAGAGGUCUCUGAUAUUGAAGAAGCAGCAAAGCAGAUGGGUGCAAUCAUCUCAAAUUUCGUGACGGAAAGCUUUGGUGAUGCUAAAUACCAACGCGCUCUGGAGUGUUUGGGUGUCAUGCGAGAAGAACUUAUCAGCCUCGAAGAACCUGGAUUGUACAAUACCUUUAUGCAAGGCUUGAAGAAGAAGCUUCUUGGUGGAGCUCUAGGAGGCGACCGACGAGAUUUCUGGUUCAAGGUACGAUGGGGACGUCUUGGUCUCAUUGACCACAAGCAGUCUGAAGUGUCUGAGAUAUCUGUAGAAGAAGCGGACGAGUUCUACAAGUCAAAGUAA